AUGGCGGGGCCGGCGAGGGCCGGGGAAGCGCGCGGCGACUGCGGGGCCGAGGCCGCCACGCGGGGCUUCCACGCGCCCACCCCACGCCGCUGGCUCUUCCUGGGCGCGCUCAGCCUGCUCAGCGGCUCCAACGCCACGCUGUGGCUCAGCUUUGCACCCGUGGCGGACACCAUCGCCGCGCACUUCCUCCUGACCGUGGAGCAGAUCAACUGGCUCUCAAUGGUCUUCCUCGUGGUGUCCAUCCCGGCCAGCGUGGUAGCCAUCUGGGUUCUGGACUCUGUCGGGCUCCGUGAGGCAACUAUCCUGGGUGCGUGGCUGAACUUUGCUGGGAGUGGGCUUCGGGCCUUGCCCUGCGUGGUCGUUGGGAUCCCCCGCCCGUUUGCCUUCCUCCUGGCGGGGCAGAGCCUCUGUGCCCUGGCCCAGACCCUGGUCAUCUUCUCCCCGGCCAAGCUGGCCGCCUUGUGGUUUCCAGAGCGGCAGAGAGCCACAGCCAACAUGAUCGCCACCAUGUCAAAUCCCCUGGGCAUCCUUGUGGCCAACGUGCUGUCACCUGCUCUGGUCAGGAAGGGGGAGGACAUCCCUUUGAUGCUCGGUGUUUACAUGGUCCCUGCUGGCCUCGCCUGCCUGCUGGCCUCCGCCUGCCUCUGGGGGACUGUGCCCCCCUGCCCGCCCUCUGCCGGGGCUGCCAGCCCCACCUCAGGGACGUUCCUGGAUGGCCUGAAGCUGCUCACCCGGAACAGGGCCUACAUCGUCCUGGCUGUGUGCUAUGGGGGCGGCGUGGGCAUCUUCUCCAGCUUCCUGGCCCUCCUGGAGCAGAUCCUCUGUGUGCACGGCUACUCCAGCGAGUUUUCUGGCCUCUGUGGGGCCCUCUUCAUCCUGUCUGGGACCCUGGGGGCCCUGGUCCUCAGCCUGUACGUGGAUCGGACCAAGCAUUUCACCGAGGCCGUCAAGGUGGGCUUCUGCCUGACCUCCAUGGCCUGCGUGGCCUUCGUGCUGGUGUCCCGGAUGCAGGGACAGCGCCUGGCACUGGCCACCGUCUGUUCCCUGUUUGGGCUCUUUGGCUUUGCAGUGGCGCCAGUGGCCACGGAGCUGGCGGUCGAGUGCUCCUACCCUGUGGGCGAGGGUGCUGCCGCGGGCCUGGCCUUCAUGCUGGGGCAGGCAGAGGGUGUGCUCUUCAUGGUGCUGAUGUCGGCACUGGCUGUGCGGCGCCCACAGUCAUCCUUGUCCACCUGCCGGCUUGGGGAGGACCCGCUGGACUGGACAGUGUCCCUGCUGCUGAUGGCUGGCAUGUGCACCCUCUUCACCUGCAUCCUGGUGCUCUUCUUCCACACCCCGUACCGGCGCUUGCAGGCCGAGUCCGACAUGUCCGCCUCCACCCAGGACAUAUCAGCAGAACAGGACCGGGCGCCAGCUCCAGAACCAUCCCCUGAGACUCCAGCACCAUUGGUCCUGGAGUCGGGGGCCCAGGAUACUCGGACGGCAGCCCAGGCCGGCUCAGAAUGGGCAGCGGGAGAGGCAGGCGAGGGCCAAUGUGGCUGUGCCGGCCACGGCUCAGAGCCAGCCACGGCACACCUGGGUCUGGCCAGAUCAGACCCAGGGUGGCUGGUGCAGGUGCCGGCUGGGGGAGAAGGCUGUUGGGGGUUGAGCUCGGGGCAGAGUCUGGCCUGAACGGUGUGCGGAGGCCCUCGCUGGAAGGAUCCCACGCGAGUGACCAGAGCCUCAGGCUGGAGCCCCGAGGGUGCGGCAUUGUGGUCAGCCUGGGGUCCGUGAUGUUUGAACUGACUGGCAGGCCUCUCCUCCCGAGGCCAAGUGUGUAGCUCAGCGCCUCGUAGCCCCUCUUGCUGGCUGCAUGCACGGAGGUGAGUGCUCCACCUUGUCCACGUGGGGCGGGAGUAAAUCCCAGACACUGAAGCCGGCCUGGGUUCAUUCCUGCACAGGGGCGUGGUGCUGGGGGUCCACAGUGCUGCACAGACAGCUCAGGCCCCGUGCCUGAGCCCAGCCCCUGGUCCAUCCCCAUGGCUGAGCCCUCUGGGCCCUGGGGAGGCAGCAGUGUCGGGUGUGGGGGAGGCGGGAUCCCAGGAAGUGGGCGCGCUGGGUGCCGAGCCAUGGGCGAGGCUCUGAGGGUGGCAAUCCUGUGGUCCUGGCCACUCAGUGGCCUCCAGCCCCAACCAAAUCCCUUGCAGCCAGUGCCUCCCCUCAGGCGCCUGCCCAGGGCUGCUCUGCUUUCAUCUUGUCGGCCUGGGAGAUCAGCAGGUGCUUGAUGCUGCAGGGAGGAGGGGCGCCCAGUAGGGUGCUCUGGGCAGACCUGAGGGUGCUCUUCCUGCACCCUCACCCUCCGCAGGGCAGGCCUGUGGCCUGGGACAUUGUGGCACCUGCUGGGACCCUGGUAUCUUCACCCUGGAGGUUCCCAGGGGGCUUCUGACUGGGUCAGAGGUGCCUGGCACACAGCGCCCUCCACAAAAGGAGCCAAAGACACAGCCAUCAUCAGAGGGACACUGACCCCCUGGCCAGUUGUCUGAGGGCUCAAGGUGGCCCCUGGAGGCCUGAAGCUGGAGUGAGGGGGAUGUGGGCCAGGGUCCAGCACCGAGGGUCUCUGGGGCAGGGCAAGGCCUGCUCCCCUCCCCCACCCCGCCCCAGGAGCCCGGCACUCAGUUCUCGUUGAUGCUGCCCGCCCAGGAGACACUUCAGGACUCUAUUCCAGCUCCGGGACAGGACUAGGGCUCAGCAGCAGCCCCAAAGGUGCUGCUCGUCCCUCCUGGGGGUGACCGCUCUCUGGACCCCCAGCUGGCCAGCCCAGGGCAUGGGCAGGGAGCUGGCGUCCCAGCCCACGGCUUCUCCAAGUUGGGAAACGGGCAUGUCAAGAACACACACCCAGGGCUGCUGAGGAGGGGCUGUGCCCCCAGCACCCGCCCUUCAGCUUCUCCCCAGACAGGUCUGGGAACAUGGUGAGCUGGAUGGGCCCUGGCCUCCCCAAGCAUGGCGUCCAGCUUGUCCUCCUUGGCCUUGGGUUUACCUUGUGCAGACUGGGGCAGGGUCUCACACACAGCCCCCCCCCCCGGUUAGGCAGUGGGGUCGCUGGGGCAGGGUCUCACAUCCACCCCCGGUUAGGCAGUGGGGUCGCUGGGGCAGGGUCUCACAUCCACCCCCGGUUAGGCAGUGGGGUCGCUGGGGCAGGGUCUCACAUCCACCCCUGGUUAG